CAUAACAGCCGGAGCAGGGGCAGCUAGGUCUCUCCGCAUCUCUCCGGGGAAAACACGACGUCAUUUGCAGCUUCCUCCCGCUGAAGCUCAUGCCGCUCUCCACUCAAUUUUUGGGCCGAGCUCACUGAUAAGAUUUAUCGAUUCCACAUCUCGGGACUUGUGUGUGUUUGUCCCAAUUGCAUCUUUCGACAACGAACACCGGCCGCCAAUUGCAUCACCAAACUCACCAUACACACAAUGGCCGUCAGAAUCGCCCUCCCGCGCAACACGACCUCGUCGUUCCGCCGCUUCGUCCGCGUCGCCGGCCGCUUCUACUCGACCGAGGCCCCCGCGGGUCCCAUCAUCCGGGUGACCAACCUUCCGGCGCCCAACUCGGGUCACAUCCGCAUUCUCGAGCUCAACCGCCCUGCCGCGCGCAACGCCAUCUCGCGUGCUCUGUUGUCUUCGCUCCGGGACGAGAUCGAUGACGUCCACUCGCAGUACGAUGCCGCGACCGGCGAGGAGAAGCCCGUGGCCUCGUGGCAGAAGCGCUUCGGCGGCGUGGCUGGCGAGGACGAGAAGGGCCCUACCCGCGCGCUGAUUAUUUCUUCGGCUGUUGACACCAGCUUUUGCGCGGGCGCGGAUCUGAAGGAGCGCAAGGGGUUUUCGCAGGAAGAAACAGCGGCCUUCCUCACCUCCCUUCGCACUGCCCUCACCUCUUUGCAAAACCUCCCCAUCCCCACCAUCUCCGCCAUCUCCUCCAUCGCUCUCGGCGGCGGUCUCGAGCUUGCCCUGGCCACGCACUUCCGCGUUUUGACCUCCAACGCCGUUGUUGGCCUUCCCGAAACCCGACUAGGCAUUAUCCCCGGCGCCGGCGGCACCUACCGCCUGCCCCAACUCAUCGGCAUCCCCCGCGCGCGCGACCUGAUUUUGACCGGCCGUCGCGUCAGCGCACCCGAGGCUUAUUUCCUAGGCUUGGCCGACCGCUUGGUCGAGGUCGCGCCCGAAUCCGAGGAGCAGGCCAAGGAGUGGGCGGCCAUGGAGCAGGAGCCCAGGGACAAAAUGAUUCUAAGCCUGGCGCGCAGGACGGCGCUGAGCGAGGCGGUCCGUCUGGCGAUGGAGAUUUGCGAGGGUGGCCCGGUCGCCAUCAGGGCCGCGCUCAAGGCCGUGCAGGAGCCCAGUGAGAUGGUGGAGAACGAUAUGUAUCUGAGGGUGGUAAGGACGGAAGACCGCGAUGAGGCGUUGAAGGCGUUUGCGGAGAAGAGGAAGCCUGUGUUCAAGGGGCGGUAAAUGCGGUGGUGUAGAGUGAUGUGAAAUUUUUGAAAAUACCAUUACCAGUUUGAAGUCAUACACCACAUGACUGAAAGACUGGAAGAGUGAGAUGGGGUCACCGGGGUUCCUCCUCAUGGAUGGACCCUGGAUACAUUUGGUUCCAUUGCUGUAACUUGCUUCAUGUUUUGUCAAGCGUCAGAAGGCGUCACGGAUCCAUCUGAUACAGACAAUCAGGUAAGGUAAGUUAAUGGUUGUUGAGGCUGUGAUGGCCCUGGUGCAGGUAUUUUUGGUGUAGCUAGGUUGGUACCUGAGUGGUAACGUCAUGGAGUCCACCAAAAGGCCCAUCAAGGUGCCAAGCUUUCGACAUGGGUGACAGCCACGGGACUUGACGAGUUGCGAUCUACCGCUCUAGGCCCCGAUGGGCGCCGGUAAUCACACUAUCGAAAGGAGCCUCUUAAAAAAAAAAAACUUGUGGCCGUGGGAGCUCUCAAUGUUUGAAGCUAUGAUGGUUGGUGUGAAGGUGUUUGGUGCUGGUUGCCAUGUGAAGUGGAAAGUGUACAUGUGGUGUCGCUUCUCGUCAAGACUUUAAAUCAGG